CCCGAGUGUAAGGAACUGUUGUUUACGGUAAGCAAACAACGCAGCGCCCAAUAUGGCCAAACAGCUCGGACCCAAGGAGAUAUCUCAUUUUCGGACCGCUCUCAAAUGUUUUGAGACGAAGCAAUACAAAAAGGGACUGAAAAGCAUCGACACAGUACUGGAACGGUCCCCGGAACAUGGAGAAUCUUUAGCCCUCAAGGGUCUUCUUCUUCAUUCGCUUCAGCAAAAGGAGGAGGGCUACAAAUUUGUACAUCUUGGCUUGCGACAUGACAUCUCCUCCAGUGUUUGUUGGCACAUGUAUGGCUUGAUUUGUAAGGCCGACAAGGAUUAUGUUCAAGCACUUAAGUGUUACAUUAAUGCAAGCAAGCUCGACAGAGCGAACCCUAAUCUUCAAAGAGACAUUGCUCUUCUGCAAUCUCAAUUACGUUCGUUCAAAGCUCUGGUGGACACACGCAAUACUCUCCUGCAGGCUAAUCCUGGAGUCCGUGCUAAUUGGAGUGCUUUGGCUGUUGCGUCGUAUCUCAACGGAAAUGCAGCCAAGUGCAAAAAGUUGCUCGAGGCAUUUGAGUCUACAGUGGCCGAAGGUGUUCCUGUGGAGCCUUUGGAGGAGUCCGAAGCUCAAUUGUUCCUCAACAUCUCAAUUGCCAAGUCUGAGGGCCCCGAGGCUGCAUUAAAGCACCUGCUUUCUGUUGAUAAGGCGAUUUUGGACCGUCUUGCCUUUUAUGAAGCGAAGGCUCAAUACGAAUUUGCUCUCGAGAAGUUUCAGGAUGCGAAGCAGACUCUCUUUUUGCUAAUUAACCGCAAUCCUGACCAUCAUAAGUACUAUGAGGAUUUGCAAAGAGCCGCUGGUAAUGUGGAUGCCAAGGGAAACAUUACAAAUGCCACUGCAUAUCUUGAACUUCUGGACAAGUUGGCAACACUUUUCCCUCGCGCAGAUGCUCCAAGACGUCUCGCUUUGAAUGUUGCUGAGGGUGAUGAUUUUGUUCGUCGCGUCGACACAUAUCUUCGACUCGCAUUGAAGCGUGGUGUUCCUUCUGUGUUCGUAAACAUCAAGGCCUUGCUCCGUGCCGACAAUGUUAAACGACAGGCUGUUGCCGGACUCGUCGAAGCUUACCGUUACAACUUACGUACCCAUGGUCAUUUAGACGAAGCGGCUAGCGCCGAUCAAACUUUAGAGCCGCCUAGCACCAUGCUUUGGGUGUUAUAUUUUUUGGCGCAAUACUACGACUUUGUCCGUGAUCUGGAGAAGGCCAUGGAACUGGUGGAUGAAGCUUUGAUGCAUACACCUUCACUUACCGAGCUGUAUAUUGUUAAGGCUCGUAUUUAUAAGCAUCAAGGUGAGCUCGAUAAGGCCGCGGCCGUUAUGAACUCCGGUCGUGAAUUGGAUUUGCAGGACCGGUUCGUGAAUAACAAGUGUGCCAAGUAUAUGCUUCGCGCUAAUAAAAACGAGGAAGCUGCUAACAUUGUCUCCUUGUUUACACGCAACGACGUUGUUGGAGGUGCCCUCGGUGACCUUGCAGACAUGCAAUGCAUGUGGUACAUGUGGGAAGAUGGAAUGGCACAUGCACGCCAAAAGAAGUAUGCUUUGGCUCUUAAGCGUUUCCUUACUAUCUAUAAGAACUACAAGGUCUGGGAAGAUGAUCAGUAUGAUUUCCACUUCUUUGCCUUCAGAAAGGGCUCCUUGCGUACAUACGUUGACAUGUUGAAGUGGGAAGAUGGUAUCAUGACACAACAAACUGUGAUAAAGGCGUUGGAGGAAGUUGUUAAGAUCUACCUGCAGGUAUUUGAUUACCCUAUCCUGAAGCUGGGUCCAAAGGAGGCAGACUUGCAGAAAAUUCUUAGCAACAGUUUAUCCGACGAUGAACGUAAAAAGCUUCACAAGAAGUUGAAGAAGGAUCUGGCCAAGCGUCAUGAGCGUGAGGAGAAGAUCAAGGCCGCUGACAAGGCCCACCUCAAGCCUGAGGAAGGUUUACAGCAAACACUUGAUGAAGAUCCCUUGGGUGAGCAUCUCAUUGCCACAGAGAAGCCGUUGGAGGAAGCGGACAAGUAUCUGAAAGAGCUUCUGAAGUACGGGGCUGAUAGAUUCUCUGUUCAGUUGCUUGCGGCGCAAUUGUUUGCUCGCCAAGCAGAUUCUGCCAAGGCUGUUGCUGCUUUGGAAAAAGCUGGACAACUCGCUACUUCUGACGAUUCUCCUGUGUUUGAAGACCAAAAGCAGAAAAUCAAUCAAUUGCUGGAGAAGCAAGCUUCAUCCUAAAUAUGUCAAUCGAUAGAGAAUGAAAUUUGACAUGACAGCUCUGCUGCAAAAAUAAAAUUUAGGCCAUCUUUUUGUAACUGCAAUAGUUGCCAUACAUACGAAAACAAAACCAAGGAGUGCGUAUUCAUGUUACGAAUUCACGUUAUAAACCUCAUCUUACUAACUACCGUUCAGUCAUAUAGUGGUGCGUCCGCUUCC